AAAAAAAAAAUCGGAGAGGCUUCAACGUGUUUAGUUGUCCCCCAGACCUUGACCGUUUUGUGAUAAACAUCAAUUAUAGGAUCUCGUGUCUUUUGUUUAUUAUAUAUUUUUAUUUAUUUUUGCCUUCCAAAAUGGAGGUGGCGAGUUCUUCUUCUGCUGCAAGUACUGUUUCUUCAGCAAAAACAUUAAUCGGUGAGGUCUUACAACCGCUCUAUGUAGUUAUUUUCGGUAUGGCCAUCCUGGCUGUUAUUCUCUUCGCUUCUCUGAAGCAUCUCAGAUACCAUCAACAGCCAGAAGUGCAUUUGCCGCGGAUGAAGAAAAAAGACAUGACAAUAGCCGAACUGAAGAAAUACGAUGGAACCGGUGAGGACGGCCGUAUAUGUAUCGCUGUAAACAGAAAAAUCUUUGACGUUACCCGAGGAAGGAAGUAUUAUGGACCCGGUGGUCCAUAUUCUGUAUUCGCUGGUCGUGAUGCUUCCAGAGCAUUGGCAUGUUUCUCUGUGUCUGCUAUCAAAGAUGGCUAUGAUGAUCUCAGUGACUUAACAUCUAGUCAAAUGAACCAAAUACAUGAGUGGGAAAUGCAAUUGACUGAUGAAUAUACAUUAGUCGGUAGAUUAUUACAGCCUGGACAACAACCAAUAGACUACACCGAUUCCGAAGACGAAACUCAUGAUGAUGACAAGUUAAAAGAUACUUAACCACUUUCAGCAUUUAAACGGAAGAAAAAACUCAAAUUACUAUGAUUUUCAUUUUGAAAAGAGAAGAAAACAUGGCUGUUUAAAUAUUGUUUAUGUGUUCUAUUUGCUGUAUGUUUUAAUAUUUUAUAUUUUUUAUGUUUUUAAUUUUUCCCCCCCAUUUUAUGUUGAAAAACUGCCAUUUUUAUUAUUAUUAUUAUUAUUAUUAUUUUUUAAAUAUGAUUUUGCUUUCAUACUUUUCAUUGUUAUCCCACAUGACAUACACAGUGAAUGUCAAUUUUCUCAUUGGCUCAUUUCACAUGACCAUCUAUUUCAUAGACCCAUUUUAUAUGGCAAAUUGUAGGCUAUGCCUGUCAGUACUAAAACUAAAAGGAUAUGACUUUUGCAUCUUUCACACUUAAAAUAAGUAUGUGAAACAUGCGUUGGGUCUCGAAAUUAUCAGUCUCAAACAUGCGUAUUAUAAUAUGUAUAAGGUUUGAUCAAAAAGUAUCAGAUCUGGUGCUAUUAAAAGAAAACUACAACACAUAUCAAUUUGGCAUUUAAUCUCUUUUAAAACACUUCCCUUCUGAAGCCCCACACGUUACCCAGUAUCGUUUCCGUUGAUGGAAGCAUUCCUGGAACUCCUUUCUUGGAAAAGCGAGCAGCUGUCUCAUUGCAUUCUCUUGGAAUUCUUUGACAUAUUGAAACAUUGUUCCUUUGUGGGAUUUGACUUCUGGAAACAUUCUUAACUGUAAAAAAGCUUCAAGACAUGUCUCUUUCCAUGCUCACACUGACACAUCCACACACAGUGUGUACUCUCUGCCAUGAUCGUUGAUGGAGCUUCUGGGAUGUGGUGAGAUGACCAUACUCUACACACUUUACUUCUGAGCACCACUAUAAACAACAGAAGUGAGCAAGAACAUUAUUACAACCUAGUUUGCAUGUGCAACAAAGUUCAAGGUCAAUCUGUACUGAGCAGCUUCAUUCUGUAUACUUUAGCUCUGUUACUAUAGCAACAAUCCCGAUACUUUUUGAUCAGACUUCGUAUAUGUUUAAGAUUGGUCUGAUCCAUGCUUGCAUGGAAAAUGGAUGUUCAAUGAUGAUGAUAUAUAUGUGCACGUGUGUGUAUGUGUGUGUUUAUACAUAACUGCACCAGUAUGCAACACACACAUACA